UGCCAGGCGCCGGGCGAUACCUUGUGUCUGUUUUCGGCGGGCUUAGCAGGGACAAAAAUGUCUAUGGCUAGCGAUUUCUAUCUGCGCUACUACGUAGGGCACAAGGGCAAGUUUGGGCACGAGUUUCUGGAGUUCGAAUUUCGGCCGGACGUGCAUCUGAAGGGACUUGAAAGGCUCUGGAGAUGGUCGCCAUAAUUAAAAAUGCUAGCAUCUUUUUGAAAACACCCCCACCAUUGGUGGUCCAAUAGAUGAAUAAAAUCUUGCAACCAGUACAUUUUGUUCGUUCAGGCUGUGUGUGUUAUUUGAAGGGGAGGAGCUCGACGUGUUAACAAAUGAGAAUAAUAAUAUGUUUUAGGUGCUUAAGUAUAAUUGUUCACCACAGCAUGUAUAUAGAGUAUCAAAAAAGAGGAGAGAGGCAAAGUUCCACAGGAGGGAAUCAGGAAAAUCUUCCUAGAUGACGACACUACUGAGAUGAGUCUGGAAAUGAGAGACUUGGCCUUUGAGAGAGAAAAAAACCAGACUUCCAGAGCAGAAUGAGCCGAGGACCAGGAAAGCUUAGAUAUGCCAACAACAGCAAUUACAAAAAUGACGUAAUGAUCAGAAAAGAGGCUUAUGUACACAAGAGUGUAAUGGAAGAACUGAAGAGAAUUAUUGAUGACAGUGAAAUUACAAAAGAAGAUGAUGCUUUGUGGCCUCCCCCUGACAGGGUUGGCCGUCAGGAGCUUGAAAUUGUCAUUGGAGAUGAGCACAUAUCUUUUACCACAUCAAAAAUAGGUUCUCUUAUUGAUGUGAACCAGUCAAAGGAUCCUGAAGGCCUUCGAGUAUUUUAUUAUUUGGUACAAGACUUGAAAUGUUUAGUUUUCAGUCUCAUUGGAUUACACUUCAAGAUUAAACCAAUUUAAAUUCCAUGUUUUUCAAGCUGUUUGUAUAUUUAAUUAAGGGAUGAAGGGUUUAUUUGUCAUUUACAAUAUUGGGGUUUUUAUGAAUGUGAAGCAAAAAAAAAAUUUGUAUGUAAACUGAAAAUAAGAAAAUACAUUAACAGGCUUAAUGGUCAUCCUAACUUGAGUCCACGUGGUUUGGACAGUCCCCACACACAUUAAGUUCUGUAAAUAAAAGCCACCUUUUGUUAAAAAUUUGCUCUAAUAAAACAUGCCAAAUCCUG